CGUAUUGCGGUGGUCGAUGAUGGUGAUUGCAGUUGACACGAUACGUUUUGCCGGCAUAAUUUCGAAAACAAGUACACAUGAAAAGUGUAAAAUACAGAAAUACAAUGUAUUAAACAGUGACGUCAGACGUUUUUAACAUACAAUCACUAGGUUUAAAGCUAGUAAAUUGUAUAAUAACAGAUUGAACAAUAUGUCGCGACUUAUCCGCAUUUUUAUUUCUUUACUAUGUGUCAUUAAAACUGCUACGGGAUUAGGUGAAAUCAUCUACGCCAUAAAUGCCGGAGGUCCUGCUCAUACAGACAUCUACGGUAUUCAUUAUGAAAAAGAUCCAUUACAGGGACGAAUUGGCACUGCAUCAGAUUAUGGUAAACAAUUGGUUAUGAUCGGCAGAGUUAAUCCUAAAGAUGAAAUACUUUAUCAAACUGAAAGGUAUCACCACAGCACGUUCGGCUACGACAUUCCGGCAAACAAAGACGGCGACUAUGUUUUAGUUUUAAAGUUCAGUGAAGUGUAUUUCAGUUCCCCAAACAUGAAAGUAUUUGAUGUCGUCUUGAAUGGAGACCAUACUAUAGUAGCCGAUUUGGAUAUUUUUGAUAAAGUAGGAAGAGGUGUUGCUCAUGAUGAAUAUAUACCUUACACCAUAAAGAACGGGAAACUCUACUAUAAUGAAGAAGAAUCUGAUAUUCGGGGAGGAAAAAUUAAAGUUGAAUUUAUCAAAGGAUAUCGGGAUAACCCAAAGAUAAAUGCCCUAUAUGUUAUGACAGGCACAAUAGAUGAAGUUCCCAAAUUACCACCUUUGGUUUGGCCAGAAAAUGAAACUGAAGAAGCAAGAGAUGAAAUUGAAGAAAAGAACACCAAAGCGAGACGUGCUAGUGGGCCAAAACAACCAGACCCAUAUGUUAUGGAUGAAAGCUCAGUUUUGAUUCCAGUUUUCAUAACAAUUGGAGCAUUUAUACCUUUGUUAUUCUGUCUUUGUAAAUUAUAAAAAGAAAACAACUAAAUAGCAGUUUAUGUUUGUGUGUCUGUGUGUUGUGCUUGCCAUGUAGAAUGCUAAGUUAUUUAAAAAAGAGCAAAUAUUGAAAGGAUUUUUUGAAGACUUAAAAGUUUUGAGUUCAAAUUUAUUAGAAAUUGUGUUGCGUUCUCGAAUUCAAAAAAUACAUUACAAUAUCAAUUUAUGACUUACGUUUUAAACUUGCACUGAUCUCAAAACUUGUACUUUAUAAUCAUGGACUUACUGUAUUUUUUUAAAACUUGAGAUGUUGUGUGAUAAUAAGUUGAAUUAACAUUUAUGAAUGAAGUAAUGAAUUUCAAACCUAUUAUUAAACUGUAAUUCAAAAUUAUACCUAGUAGUAAAAUAGCUAGAACAAUAUGAUGUUGGUACCCGUCCCACAUAGAGCAUUGUGUAGAAUUACACUUAACUUAUAUAUGUUUUGUGAUGUUUGCAAAUAAAGUUGUAUUUAAAGUAU